AUGUGUACGAAAGUGAAUUACGUAGAGGUGGACAACGGUGACGUGGACGAGGACGAAGAUGACGCAGCUAUUACGUAUCUAGAUGUUGAUGAACCUAGACCUGUUCAAAUUCAGAUACAGCUACCGAAGGGGUAUUCACUAAGAAAAUAUGAUGAUUUGUGGGAUUCACAUGAUAAUUUUGCAUCAUCUGUCACAAUUACAAGUGAAAAUGAGUUGGGUUUGAAUCAUCCUGGUCCCCUUUUUGAAGAGCAUCUUACAUGUUUUUUAAAAGAACCAUUGCUUCUGAGGAAUGCUGACGUACUAAAUCAGAAUUCCACUAUCUGCGUCACUUAUUUCGUUGAUAAAGCUCCCGAAAAUCUCGAAGCAAGCGAGUGGGCAUUAAUAAAUGAGAUUAUUCCAAUUCUAAAGCCUGUCCAAAAAAUAACAGAAAAAUUGUCAGGAGAACAAUAUCCAACACUGUCGAGAAUCAUUUGUGUUGCUCGCGGCGCGGAGUUGAUCACACGUGCUGCACGGAGUGCUUGGGGACGCGACGACCCCGCGCGACUUAUAGUGUAG